UCUCGUUCCUUAGCAGUUUCCACUUUCCAGGAAUGCCGCAGUUGUCACGAAGAGGAAGAGGCUGUUAUUGUUAACGGUUGGACCCGAACCGAACGGACGUGAUUCAGAUGAAGAACCGGGGCGAUCCUCCGCAGCACAAUAUCCGUUAGAUUGACGGAAUAAUACGGAGUUAGACACAGAACGUAAAAUGCGACCGUUAUUACCGUGAGACAGGUCUCCUGUGGUGCUGUCUCUGCAGCUCUCCUGUUGUGCUGUUCCCGGUAGCGGAAUGGUCUACGCCCAAUCAACAGACACCAUCAAGCCCUCCCUCCUGCCCCUCCUCUCCCCCUCCUUUACCCUCCCCAUGACCUUUAACCUCUCAGACAGGGGCAACACCAGUUCAGCGACACCCUCCAUCUGGAACCACAACACCCUCUCCUCUUCCUCCUCCGGCCUCCAGAACACCACCCAGGUGUGGUAUGAACUCACCCCAGCGGAGGUGGCUGUUCUGGGGCUGGUGUUCAGUCUCCUGUGGUUGGUGUCCAUCCUGGGUAAUGUUCUAGUGUGUGUAGUGAUCCACCGUAGCAGAAGGAGUCAGUCCACUACGAACUACUUUGUGGUGUCCAUGGCCUGUGCCGACCUGUUGCUGUCCCUGGGCUGUGCUCCCUUCAUCCUCCUCCAGGUGACCUGCGGGGGCUGGCCUCUCAGCGCUGCCGCCUGUAAGGCUGUCCGUUACCUGCAGCACCUGUGUCCUGGUGUCCAGGUGUAUGUUCUGCUGUCCAUCUGUGUGGACCGGUUCUACACCAUUGUGUACCCACUGAGCUUCAAGGUGUCCAGGGAGAAAGCGAAGAGGAUGAUUCUGGCCUCCUGGAUGUUGGACGCCGCUUUCGUCUCUCCCUGUCUUUUCUUCUACGGCUCGGAGGCGGGGGACGGGGGAGGGCACUGUGACUUCUUCCUGCCGGCGGGAAGCUGGGAUGGCGUUCUGUAUGGUUCCGUCCACCUGCUCCUGGGGUUCCUGGUCCCAGCUGUCCUCAUCGUGUGGUUCUACCAGCGUGUGGUCCACUACAUCUGGAGGAUCGGCGCCGACGGACACACGGUCAGGAGAACCAUGAACAUCGUCCCCAGGACUAAAGUGAAGACCAUCAAGAUGUUUCUCAUGCUGAACGUGGUGUUCCUCCUCACCUGGACUCCCUUCUACGUGGUCCAGGUGUGGCACCCUAGUGAGGCCCCGGGCCCCAGCAGACAGGGGGCUCUGGUGUUCUGCUGUGUGGUCUGGGUGUCGUUCAGCUCCGCCGCCUCGAAACCCUCGCUCUAUUCCGUCUACAACGCUAACUUCAGACGCGGCAUGAGGGAGACCUUCUGCACGUCCUCUAUGAAGUGUUACCGUAGCAACGCCUACACCAUCACCGCCAGCUCCCGCAUGGCCAAGAGUAACUACGUGGGCGUGGUGGAUAUCCCCGUGGCGACCAAGACGACGCUCACCAAAGACUCCGUCUACGACACGUUUGACCGCGAGGCCAAGGAGAAGAAGCUGGCCUGGCCAAUCAGAGCCAACCCUCCCAACACCUUCGUCUGACGGGAGGGGAGGGAGACGGGGUUUAACUAUCAAUCAGAGCCGACCCUCCCAACACCUUCGUCUGACGGGAGGGGAGGGAGACGGGGUUUAACUAUCAAUCAGAGCCGACCCUCC